GUGUAACCUGCAAAAUUGCUAGUACACAAGCAGACGUGUUGGUAGUUGGUAGACGUUUGGAUUUUGAAAACGUUUAUUUUGUUAAUUGUAUUUCCAUACGGCAACUUAAUUGCCUUCUGUCUAAAACAUAAUAGUUUAUAAUUUCAAUAACAAUCGCGCCUACUCAUCAUGAGUGUUUAGAUGACAAAAACAGGCUAAGAAUAGUUAGCUUCCAUGUUAGCUAACGCAGUUAGUUAUUGUUAGUUCAUUUCAGCUUGGUAGAUUAGCCUAACUGAAACGGUGAUUCUGUCACUUAUGAGAGGUGCGGUAUCAACUAUAUACCAAUAACAAACGACAACUGGGGCCUGUUUUAUCCAGUUGAUUUUGACCUUUCUUGUAGCCUUUCACUGAACUGCAAACAUGACUUUGGCAUCAAGUCGAGAGCAGCGAAAAACAGCGGGCAAUCGCAUGUCAAAGUUACUGGAUGCUGAGGAAGAGGACGACUUCUACAAAACAACAUAUGGUGGAUUUAACGACGAAUCGGGCGAUGACGAGUACAAAGGAGAUCAUUCGGACACUGAAGAUGAAGUGGACAGUGACUUUGAUAUCGAUGAAGGGGAUGAGCCGGACAGUGAUCAAGAGGAGGACGCCCCCCGCAGAAAGAGUCGGGUUGUCACCAAAGCUUAUAAGGAACCAGUUAAAGUGGCCAAACCCAAGCCAAAGAAGCCAUCAGUUGAACAGAAGAAAACUGAACGAGUGAAGACCCCACAGAAACGCACAGCUCAGGUCUUCCAGGACUUUGCAGAAAUCCGCAAGUCAGUACGUCAGUCGACCAGCGAGCACACCCGUAAAACCAACCUACGACUGCAGUUACGACAAGAGGCCCCUAGGAGGCGCCGUGGGGCUCACCAUGAUCGACCACUCACCCAGGAAGAGCUUUUGGCAGAGGCAAAGAUCACAGCAGAGGUCAAUCUGAGAUCGCUUGAGAACUAUGAGCGUCUUGAAGCCGAUAAAAAGAAGCAAGUUCACAAGAAGCGACGCUUUGAUGGGCCCACCAUCCGCUACCAUUCAGUCCUCAUGCCGCUUCUCUCCGACUCACUGCUCAAGGAAGAGAAUGUAGACGUAGAGGGGUUGGAUCAGGAUGCUCCUCAAGCUUCUUCCUCCUCAGCUCCUGCUUCCUCCUCCUCAGCCUCCCAGGGUCCAUCGGGGUCAACAGGACUGUGCUCGCGGACCUACAUCACCUUCAGCGACGAUGACGCCAUGACGACAGCAUUUCCAGCAACAACGAGGGGCUCCGCCCCCCCGCUCCCGGUGCAGGAGGUGUGUCCAGUGACGCACAAGCCAGCGCUGUACCGUGACCCCGUCACGGACAUCCCCUACGCCAACGCCCGAGCCUUCCGCAUCAUCAGGGAAGCCUACCGCAAGUAUGUUGCUGCCCAUGGCUUCCCCGCCACAGACGUGGCAGGGACGGGCGGUAGUGGCACGAGCGGUGGGGCAGGAGACGGAUCUGCUACUUCGGCUGCUGCAGCGUCAAAGGGCAUGUGCCAGAAGACGCUUGUCAAACAAACAGUGGUCGCCAUGUAACAGGGCAGAGAGAUUUUGGCUUAUGGUGUUUGGACUUUGAUCUGUUUAGAUUUCAGGUGCUCAGAUGUCUUCCAAAGUGUCUCUGCUGCUGAUACGACACAUUUGUGAGACCAUAACAGAAGAACUAUGAGAGGUCUUAAUGAUGAUGGAGGGACUUAGUAAUUCUGUUAUUUUGACAUUUGCUCUCAGUGAAAUCUGUUAUAGUUUGGAGUCAGAAAACAAAAAUAAACCAAACAGAAAACACUGUAGACUUAAUACUUUUUGUUAUACAAGAAAGAUUAUCUGUCAAAUGGGGUGUGCAGAUGGUAUGUGAGUGUAUGAACUUGGAGUUCCCCUGGUGUUUUCAUUAAUCUUGCUUUUUUUAUUUUGUCCUUUUAAAAUUCCACUUAGUUUAUAGUGAAGGAUACAAUUGCUCUGCAGAACUUGAUAAUCCUGCUAAAAGUUUGUACCUUCUUUUUUUAAGCAGUUUUGUAACAGUAUUCUGUGGUAUCGAAUAAAUAUUUCUUGCUUUCU